CUAGUCCCCAGUUUCUGCCUCACUUGUUAUCGCAAAAUUAGACGACACGUUCACCAAUUCUUAAACGCCAAGGACAUUGGCAACUUGUUCACAUAGUUCUCGUUUCCUAAAACGUUUAAUAGGUGCUAUGAGCGAGAGAACAAAAAGAUAUUCAGGAAAAGUUCAUAUAGCAGCCCUGCUUCAGAACUUGAACUUUCACCGCUCGCCUUUAAAUUUGCGUUUGACAUUCUGAUAGCUGAAGCACUAUCCCUUGAAGUAUGCCCGCCGCUCAUGGGAAAUCUGACGCCGCGGUGGAAGAGGAAGUCGCUCUCGGUUAUGAUGUCUUGUCUCAAGUCAGUCGUGCAGAAGGCAUCGGGAGGGACUAUCAGCUCAAGUGUAAUCUCAUCAAUAGAUGUUUUCAAGAAGAGAUUGGCUUUGGUCGCUAUCAAUGGCAGCUCUUUGCUAUUACUGGUCUAGGAUGGCUCGCAGACAAUCUCUGGCUGCAAGGUUUGGCAAUCGUACUUCCACAGGUACAACAGGAGCUUAACCCGGUUCGGGUCGAGUACGCUGUCCUAGCAGAAUUCGCUGGAUUGAUUGUUGGCGCCACAACAUGGGGCAUUAUGGCCGACCUUGUCGGAAGAAUAUUAUCUUUCAAUAUUACACUGUUUCUCGCCGGCCUCUUUGGAUUGGCAGCAGCAGGUGCACCCAAUUUUGUGAUAUUUUGUUCCCUUAUAGCGUGUAUGGGCUUUGGCAUCGGCGGCAAUUUACCUGUUGAUGGCGCCUUGUAUCUGGAACAUAUUCCACAGUCUCAUCAGUGGACUUUAACUCUUCUGUCGGUCUGGUGGGCGUUAGGACAAUUGGUAGCAUCUUUAAUCAGUUGGGCUUUCAUUGCCAACUUCUCCUGUAACCCGUCGAUACCAAGUGGCCAGUGCGCCAAAUCUGCCAACAUGGGAUGGCGAUACACAUUGUAUACCCUCGGGGCUUUGACGUUCUUGAUGUUUAUAUGUCGCUUCUUUGUUUUUGAUGUGCAGGAGUCGUCGAAAUUUCUGGUGGCGCAAGGUCGUGACGAAGAAGCCAUUAAGGUCCUGGAACACAUUGCAAGGCGUAACGGUAGGACUAUCACACUCAAACUCGAAGAUCUGCAGGCAAUAUCUGGUGACACAACAUCUAAGCCGGUACCAAAUUUGUCCACUAGCGUCUGGAAUUCCUUUUCUAAAAUGUCGCUCUCGCACGUCCGUCCGCUCUUUUCUAACAGGCGCUUGGUAAUUAACACGACCCUUAUCAUCGUUAUCUGGGGUUUAAUUGGCAUCGCAUACCCACUCUUCAAUGCCUACCUCCCACUUUAUCUUUCCGCACAAGGUUCGGCAUCCGGUUCGUCAAGCGUGAGUGAGACAUACCGCAACUACUCGAUCGUAUCCGUCCUUGGCAUCCCCGGGUCUCUCAUUGCCUGUGCGACCGUUGACUAUACUCGUGGCUCUGGUCGGUGGCUCGUAGGGGGACGGAAACUUGUGUUGGCCGUGUCAACUAUGCUGACUGGACUCUUCCUCUUCUUGUUCACAACGAGCAAGACGACGGCUGCAGUGCUCGGAUAUUCUUGUGCUUCUGGUCUUACCCAGAAUGCGAUGUAUGGAGUCUUGUAUGCGUAUACCCCAGAGGUCUUCCCGGCACCUCACCGUGGGACGGGCGACGCACUCUGUUCUGCGCUGAACCGCAUCGGCGGACUUAUUGCCCCUCUUAUCAAGAUUGCCACAACACCGCUCAGUGGCAAUACAUCAGCAAACACGGCAAAUGGUCCUGUCUUUGUGUCUGCUGCAUUAUUUAUGGUUGCAGCCAUCUUGACGAUAUUACUUCCUAUCGAAACUGCGGGCAAGAUGGCUUUAUGAGUCUCACGCACACGGUAUACUCCAAUGUCAGGUUUGGACCCAUAAUGAUUCGAAUUUCGUGUCUAGUCGUAUAAUUAAAACAUACAAUGAAUGAUCUAUUUA